AUGGUGGGAGUGGCUGAUGAAGACCAGAAGUUUCAAAAGUUUCUUUGGUGGGAGGACAAGAGUAAGAAGACCGUGAAAACUUAUUUACAUAAGAGGGUAGUUUUCGGGUUAAAUUGCAGUCCGUUCAUUUUGGCUGCUGUUUUGGAUCAUCAUCUCGAAUUAAAAGCAAAAGAGGAGAAGAUGAUUUGUGAUUUGUUGAAGAAGUCGCUCUACGUGGACAAUUGCGUCAUGUCGGUGAACUCGUCAGAGGAAUACUUCAUUUUCAAGAACAAAUCGACAGCAAUUUUGGCGGAUGCAAAAAUGGAAUUACGACAAUGGGAGUCCAAUGUGGAAGUCGUCUCUGAAAGUAUGAGAACAAAAGUACUCGGACUCAACUGGGACAAAGAAGAGGACACAUUAUAUUGCCAGUUGCCAACAGAAUUAUCAGUCGAAGUGGUGACAAAGAGAAGUGUUCUUUCUUUGAUUUCCCAGAUAUUUGACCCCAUCGGUUUCACCUGUCCAGCAGUGCUCCAGCCCAAGUUAAUGUUACAGGAUUCAUGGGUGGAGGAAUUGGGAUGGGAUGAAAAGUGGGAUUCACCAAGUUCCGAAAAAUAUCAAAAAUGGAUUUCGGAAGUUAAGGAACUUGGCAAAAUUCACAUCCCCAGUAAAAGCGCAUACGCCGCGGUAGUCUUUGCGAGAGUGGAGAUCAAAGGAAGAGUAUCAGUCCAUCUCGUCGUGGCGAAAUCAAGAUUGGCACCAUUGGAUAAGAAGAAAUCGAGAAAGGUGACCAUUCCGAGGCUAGAGUUACUUGGCUGUCUGAUUGGAUCUCGUCUUACCAAGACCGUUAUAGAUUCUCUGACCCUGGAAGUGAACCAGAUCUUUCUGUGGAGUGACUCGACCACGGCGCUGGCGUGGAUUCGUAGAGCAGAAGAUUGGGGCACGUUCGUAGGAAACAGAUCAAGAGAAAUCAAUUGUCUCACAAAAUCGAAUCAGUGGAGACAUGUGCCAGGCCACAUCAACCCAGCAGAUCUCCCAUCCAGAGGGUGUUCGCCAGCAGAACUAUUGGAGUCAAGAUGGUGGGAGGGACCUAGGUGGUUGUAUGAGAGUUACGAGGCCUGGCCAAGUUGUGAAGAUGAGGAGGUGGACGAACCGGAAGUUGCGGAAGAAAAGAGGAAGACAGAGAUCGUCAUGACCGCAGCAGUGAUCCACCAAGAACCUCGAUUUUCAAAUUAUAUGAAAAAUGUGCGCGUUGCAGCUUGGAUGCGAAGAUUUAUCGACAACACGACGAAGAAAAAAGAAGAUCGACUCAUCAGUUCGUGUUUGAGUUUCAAGGAGAUUAAGGCAGGAGAAAGGGAUCUUAUUUACGCCAUCCAACAAAGUCAUUAUGGUGCCCAACCUGAAGUUAAGAAUUUACAUGUUGAGCUGAAGGAGGACCGACUUUGGCACGUCAGAACAAGGCUGACCUACCGAGAUGACACCGAGCUAUUCAGAAGUCCCAUCCUGAUUCCAAAAGAAGAUCCGAUUACGAAACAACUGAUUGAGUAUGUUCAUCAUGCCCACUGUCACGCCGGUGCUCAAUUUGUUUUAGGCAAAUUACGAGAGAAGUACUGGAUUGUACAAGGUCGAAGGGCAGUGAGCUCAGUGAUCCACAAGUGUGUCACGUGUCGGCGUCACUCUAUGAAAGCGAUGCUGUGUGAACCAGCUCCGUUACCAGUGAGUAGAAUCGACACAAGCUACGCGUUCCAGACGACGGGGGUCGAUUUGGCAGGACCUAUAAUUCUGAAAGGAGGAAAGAAGGCCUGGAUCGUCCUCUACACUUGUGCGGUGUACCGGGGCGUCUAUCUGGACGUGAUAGAGUCACUCAGUUCGGAUGAGUUUCUCGAUUCGUUGGAGAAAUUUGCUUGUGUGAUGGGUCGUCCCAAUCUAAUCAUCAGCGAUAACGGGACGAACUUCGUUGGAGCCAAUAACUUGAUGAAGAAGUUGGAUUGGACUCGCUUAGAGAAGAAUCUGAAUUUGAAGAGGAUUAUGUGGACAUACAAUCCAGCCACUGCAGCGUGGUGGGGUGGAUGGUGGGAGCGUCUUGUGAGGACCGUCAAGGAUUUAUUGAGGAAGAUGAUCGGAUCAGCCAAGUUAACCAUGAAAGAAUUGGAGAAAUGUCUGGCGUCAGUCUCCUACACAAUUAAUAACCGACCGUUGACGACUCUUACGGAAGACUGUGAGGAUUUAAUUCCGCUCACACCUGCUAUGUUCAUGAAGGAUCUACCUAUUUCCGGCUUACCAGAAAGAGAUGAGAUUACAAGUAAGGAUCUCAUUCAUGCUUACCAGAAGAUUGUCAACUUAAAGAAGGCAUUGAGGGACCGGUUUCGAAAGGAGUAUCUUGGCCAGCUUGUGCAAAUGAAGAAUAACAAGAAUUCUCCCAAACCGGAAGUUGGCGACGUCGUUCUUGUGGGAUACGACAAUAAGAAGCGGUUCGAGUGGCCACUAGGGAAGAUUUUGGAAUUGUGUCCGGGGAAAGAUGGAAAAGUUCGGGUAGUGAAGGUGAAGACGGCUACAGGAAUUUUGACUCGUCCCCUUCAGCGACUUUAUCCCUUGGAAAUUCAUAGUCCCAAGUCCGUCAUCGUUCCAGCAAACGUGAUCAAAUUGGCGAAAGCAGCACAUACAAGUCAUGAUCAAUUAGAAGAAAGUGCUGAGACCUGCAACAUUAAAACCCGUUCUGGCAGAAUGGUCAAGAAGCCAAGCAAAUACGGGAAGUGGAAUUAUUAG